AUGCUCAGUGACAUCAGUGUUGAUGGCUGCACUGACCUUCACAAGUACUCAGAUUAUGACUCCAAGUGCUUAUAUGUCAAAUCCAAUGCUCACUACAGGUCAAAAGGGUACAUAAACUAUCUCCAAAUCUUUUACUGCAGCUUUGGCCACUCCCCAAUUUUGGCUUCAAAUUACUUUUGUAAUAACCUAGAAGGUCUCUCUUACAUCUUAAGAUUAUCCCCUACCAUAGCUGGGGUAACCUUGCUUUCUCUGGGAAAUGGUGCCCCUGAUUUUUUUGCCAGUGUUGUUUCUUUCACAAGAUCCAAUGAUGGGGCAGUUGGCCUCAAUAGCAUUCUCGGGGGAGCAUUUUUUGUCUCCAGUGCUGUUUUGGGGGUCAUAAGUUUCCUUGUUACUUCAAACGAAAUUGCAAUUGGCAAGGCCAGUUUCAUUAGAGAUGUCAUUUUCUUCCUCUUCUCUCUUUUCAUCCUCCUUGUCAUCAUUUCCAUUGGUAAAAUUACCUUGUUGGGUUCAAUUUCUUAUGUUUCUAUGUACUUCCUUUAUGUCAAUGCUAUCUCUGCCACAUAUUUCAUCUAUGGAGGGGACAUGAUGUAA